GAAUCUUUUGUUUGCAGCAUUUUCGUUUUGAUUUCGUAGAGUGAGUUCACAUUUCGCAAGUAGCGACGAGAGAAGACAGAACAAGUGGAUUUUUAAUUGUUUACCUAUUAUCUUUUCGAACAGAAGAAAUCAAGAUGCCAGUAAGCACAACGAGUGUUUUGAAAUUCGCAAAAUUGACUGACAAGGCCUUUGCUCCUGUUAAAGGAAACGCUUUUGCUGCCGGCUACGAUUUACGAAGUGCGUACGAGUAUGUGAUUCCUGCGAAGGGAAAGGACCUGGUUAAAACCGACUUGCAAAUAGCCGUUCCUCCAGGAACUUACGGCAGAGUUGCACCCCGUUCCGGUCUUGCUUGGAAAAACCACGUGGAUAUUGGCGCUGGAGUUGUUGACCAAGACUACAGGGGUAAUUUGGGCGUCGUAAUAUUUAAUCACGGUGAUGAGGAUUUAAAAGUUCAAGUUGGUGAUCGCGUGGCGCAAUUAAUUUGCGAAAAAAUUGAGUAUCCUGAACUCGAGGAAUUGAGCUCCCUAGACGACACUGCAAGAGGCGAAGCUGGUUUCGGUUCCACUGGUAUGAACGAAAUAAUAAAGAAAUAAUUAUUUUCCACUACAUAUUUCCACCGCUCAUCUUAUCAUAAACACUAUUUAUUUUAAAUACUAAGUCCAAGUCAUAAUUAUAGACAGUAAACUAUAUUUUUAUAUGAAUUUCUCAACGAAGUAAAACUUAAUUUUUUUAUUUUAUCUGAAUUUGUUGACUGACAUUUGUUUUUUAUAUUAGUUUUUUCUCUGAGAAUUAUUUGUAUGAAAAAUUUCUUUUAAAAACUUUUGUAUAUUUUUCCUCAAUUUUAAUUAAACUGUUGUUUACCAUUCUCUUGUUAAUGUAAAGAAAAAAAUUUCUAAUUUUGAAAAUUGUAAAACAUUUUUCUUGUUAUAUGUCUCAUUUGGAGAAAUAAAGUAAUUUUUCUAUAAGA